CACAACUGCCGGCCUUGGGGAUCUGACGCAGUCUGGUAGGAUGCGAAGAUCAGGCCGAAGUGCGAGAGCGACGAUGCCUUCAUAUACUGUGCGCCCCAGCGGUCCUUAAUCAUGCACCACUCUCCAUCAUUAUUUCCGACUUCUACUUGAUAUAUUGUAUAGUUCACUAUGUUACUUAAUGAGAUUUUACCGUUCCUUGUACGAUAUUGGCCUGCUGUUCUCAUCUCUAGUACCGUCGCGUACUUGCUUACGAACAAGUUCUGGAAAGGACUGAACAAGUAUCCGGGGCACUGGGUGGCAGGAUACACCAACUGGUGGAGAUUGUACGACGUCUUGGGCUGGAAACAUCAGUGGACACAAAUAGCUCUUCACCGGGAGCAUGGAGACGUUGUACGAUUAGGGCCUAAUGUUCUCUCUUUCGCGGAUCCCAGAGCCAUCAAGAUCAUCUACGGGCUGAACAAAGGCGUAAUGAAGUCCGGUUUUUAUCCCGUCCAAACGGCUGUGGCAAAAGGAAAGACCCUCUACUCUUUGUUCUCUACCGUCGACGAGGAUUUCCAUGCAAAGUAUCGUCGGUGUGUGAACAGUGCCUUCGCCAUGACCUCACUUGUAAACUAUGAGCCGCUCGUCAACUCCACUUUGACUUUCUGGCUCGAUAGGACGCAGGAGAUGUUUGCAAAUACCGGCAACAGCUGCAACUUCAGUCAAUGGCUGCAAUUCUUCGCUUUCGACGUCAUCGGCGAAUUGACUUGGAGCAAGCGUCUAGGAUUUGUGGAGGAGAACAGAGAUGUGGAUAACAUCGUUGCGUUCCUGGGGAAACUAUUCGACUACGUCGCGCCAGCCGGCCAAAUGCCCAUCCUCGACCGCAUCCUAUGGAAGAACCCCAUCACUCUCUUCGCCCAACGCAUCGGCCUCGACAAGCGCAUCCACCCAGUCGUCCUCUUCGCACUAAGCCGCUCCAACGAACGAGCCAGCCAAAUCGAAAAAAUCAAACGCUUCGGGCUCUCCGACGACGAGCGCGCCAACCCACGGGGCAUCGACCUGCUCUCCAAGUUCGCGCAAGCAAGCCACGACCACUCCUUCAUGGACGACGAACGCAUCCUCUCGACAUGCACAUCCAUGGUCUUCGCCGGCUCGGAAACAACCGCCAUCUCCCUCUCCGCCGUCUUCUACUUCCUCGUCAAGCACCCGCUCGUCUACGCAAAGCUGAUGCAGGAACUCGACGCCGCCGUCGCAGAAGGCCGUAUCGAGUCCCGCCCCGAUAAAACCGUCUCCUGGGCUGAGGCGCAGAAACUGCCUUACCUCGACGCCGUCGUUCAGGAAUCUUUCCGUCUGCACCCCGCCCCGGGACUUAUCCUCGAACGCGUCGUCCCGCUCCAAGGCAUGCAGAUCCUUGGCGAUUUCAUCCCGGGUGGCACGAUCGUCGGCUGCAAUGCGUGGGUUGUGCACCGCCGGCCCGAGGUCUUCGGCGUGGAUGUCGAUACGUUCCGGCCUGAGCGGUGGAUCGAAGCGAGUCCGGAGAAGCUCAAGGAGAUGAAGGGUACGAUGCUACAGUUUGGCGCCGGGGCGAGGACGUGCAUUGGAAAGAACAUCAGUUUGCUGGAGAUUUAUAAGUUGGUGCCGAGUUUCCUGAGGAGAUUUGAGAUUGAACUUGAACGUCCUGGGGCGGAGUGGAAGACACAUAAUGCGUGGUUUGUUACGCAGAAGGAGUUUAACACGCGGUUUAGGCCAAGACAAGUGCCGGUCUAAGGGGUGUACCAAAUAGCAAUUUCGUCAUUUAGCGUUGGAGUAAUGUCAAGGGUCAUACACAAAUUCAAAAGAUA